AUGAUUCCGACCGUCCCGUCAUUCCUAUCCUUCCAGAUACCAGGGUUGAAGGUCCAUCGGAAGCCUUUUAGGGAAGGAAGUUGGAGAGGAGCUAUAUUAGAAGCUGUCUCAGGAAAUGAGAUCGGUGAUAAGAGACUUGAGUUUGAAAAGGGCCAGCUAGUGGCUAGCAAUGAACAGCUGGACAGGGAUAAGAAGCAGCUCGAUGCCGAUAAACAACCCCGAGGCUCUACCAUCACCGACCUUAAGCGGGACUCCCAGGAGCUGAAAAAGGCUAAGCAGUCUCUUGAAGACGACAAGCUAUGUCUUUGGAGCAAGAUUGAUGUGCUUGACAAGACGAUUUCUGAGCUUCAACAGCGCAACAACGAACUCGAAACGGACGUUGCUAACGGAAAGUCAACCUCGAGACUGCCGAGGAUGCGCUCGCAGCAGCUGGCAAAGAGACAACCACCGCAAAUCUAUGGAGGAGAUCACCCGCAGAAAGAUAUCCUGUCAAGAGAGCGCCAGGAAUUCAAGGACGAACUCGCUCGUCAAGAUACCAGCUACGCAUCUUUGAGUCGGGCCUACCAGGCUAGAGCUAAAGCGAGCGAGCUGUCUAAGGUCACUCAGGAGCUCGACAAGACCAAGGACGCAGAAAGCAAGGGCGAUCUUACAGGUGGUAUGUUGACGGGCCGCGCUUGGAGGGUGAUAGGAGAAAUCCUGGCCGAAACAUCCCACUUACCGGCGGAAAACGAGGAUACCUGGUCUCGAAUGGCCCGUAUCUUGCUGGACUCACCACUUCCUGCACGGGCAGCGCUAGCCGUCAAGGACAACAACUUCUUGAGCCUCACUAUUCGACUCCCGGGCUAUUCACUCGACGCAGACUCUGUUCGGCGCCUGGAAGGCACUUCAUUGCGGAUCCUGGCCAUAGAAGUCUUUGUCUACGUUCAGGAUAAGAAGGCCGCCACGCCAGAGUGCCUCGAAGUCCUUGCUGCUAUCACAGACAGAUCCUCCUCCUGUGAUGACAACGUCGUCGCUUACCUCAUCCGAGAAUGCUCGACGUGGUUCUACCAAACAACAAGCAGUACCUUGUCGACCGCAGUUGGCAUAUUCGCAUUCUCUCUACGCCAGCUGAUGGGCACGAUGGAAGCCUGGUUCCCAGGAUCGCAGGAUGCGGGCAUCAUGGACAAGAUCGACCGCUUGUGAUCCUCAAAAACUUCUUCGAACCCACUGCUUCGGGCCCUUACCUUCAGCUGGAGAAGGGAUAAUCCCCUCGAGGACAUCAAAGCAUCAUUGAAC